AUGGCGGCGCGCUCGCCGGCGUCGCCGGCCGCGCCACCUCCAGCGCGGCCUGUGGGCCCCCGGUCCCCACGCGGGGGGCGGAGGGCCGAGGCCCACGCCGUGCGCAGCGAGGCCUCGGGCGUCUCCGGCGGAGCGCGGGAGGUGGUGUCGGAUAGGUGUGACACGCUGUGGAGGGGCGAGGAGGGGUCGGGGGCCCGGCGGAAGCCGGCGGGGGCGGCCGCGGCUCACGCUCCCCUCCUCAGCGCGCCCGCGGGCGCCCGGCGGCCGGAGGGCAUCUCGGUGGAGGAGGCAGAGGUGGCCCGCACGCAGCGGCUGGAGGAAGAGCUGAGCGGCGUGAAGGAGGAGCUGGCCCUGUGUCAGGCUGACAAAGAAUUUGUAUGGUCUUUGUGGAAACGUCUUCAGGUAGCAAAUCCAGAUCUCACACAGGCUGUCAGUUUGGUUGUGGAAAGAGAAAAACAGAAAUCUGAAGCCAAAGACAGAAAAGUUCUAGAAAUUCUACAAGUCAAGGAUUCUAAAAUACAGGAAAUGGAACAGAGAGAAUCAGUACUAAAACGGGAAAUAAAUGACCUUGUAAAACAGAAGAUUGUGUUCGAUGAAGAAAAUGCUUUCUUGAGGAAAGAAUUCAGUGACUUGCAAAAGAAAUUUAAAGAUAAAAGUCAAGAAGUUAAGGACACUAAGGAGUGUGUACAGAAUAAAGAGGAGCAAAGCAGACUGGUUAUAAAAAAUCUGGAGGAGCAAAAUGAGAAAUUAAGUACCUACUGCGCUGACCUGCUAAAUGACCUGGAGAAACUGAGGAAGCAGGAGGCACUUUGGAGAAAAGAAAAGCAGACCAUUGAUACAAAAAUAAAGGCUUUUGAAAAUGAAUUAAUUGAAGCGAAGAAAGAAAUUGAAGUAUCACAGAGUAAAUAUAAUGCUCUAUCUUUACAACUGGAUAAUAAACAGACUGAACUUCUCCAAAAGGACAUGGAUAUUACCCUGGUCCGGAAAGAAUUGCAGGAGUUACAGAACCUAUACAAACAGAACAGUGAACAUACAGCACAGCAAGCUGAGCUGAUCCAGCAACUUCAGGUUCUCAAUAUGGACACACAAAAAGUACUGAAAAAUCAGGAAGACAUUCACACAGCUGAAAGUAUAUCACAUCAAAAACUUUAUAAUGAAUUACAUAUUUGUUUGGAAACCACAAAAUCAAAUGAAGCUGUGCUCCGACAAAGUGUUGUUAAUCUUCAGGAUCAGCUAUUUCAAAAAGAACAAGAAAAUGCAAAAUUAAAAGAAAAACUUCAGGAGUCACAAGGAACACUCUAUACAUUAUCUCAGCAAAGUAAUUCAAACCACUCAAUACAGGUGUCUGAACAGCCAUCACUAACAAGCUUAGAAACACUAAUGGUCUCACAAAAGUCUGAAAUUGAGUAUUUGCAAGAGAAACUGAAAAUUGCAAGUCAAAAGCUAUCUGAGAAUAACUGUACCAACACUUUUCCAGAGAAGAGCAUUAUGAUAAGUACUGAAGGAAAACAGAAGGAACCACCUGUGAAACAUUCAAGGUCUUUGUCCCCAAAGAGCUCUUUCUUGGACUCUGAGGAGUUAAGGAAGCUGAGAAUGGCUGAAAGAAAGAUUGAAAACUUAGAGAAGAUACUACAGCUAAAGUGCCAAGAAAAUGAUGAGCUAAGAGAUGCCCAUGAAAAACGCAAAGAAAGGCUACAGAUGUUACAGACCAACUACAGAGCAGUAAAAGAGCAAUUAAAACAGUGGGAAGAAGGCAGUGGCAUGACUGAAAUCAGAAAAAUAAAGAGAGCUGAUCCCCAACAACUUCGACAAGAAGAUUCUGAUGCUGUAUGGAAUGAGCUGGCAUAUUUCAAAAGGGAAAACCAGGAGCUAAUGAUUCAAAAGUUAAAUCUUCAAGAAGAAUUGGAUGAACUUAAAGUACAUAUGUCUAUUGAUAAAGCAACAAUACAAGAAUUGAAUAGACGUAUAGCUGAGAAAAGAGAAGAACAACUGUGUAGAUACCAUGAAGAUGAUGAGGUCAACAAGAGUACUCCAGAGAAGAAUGAGAAAGAAAUGUCGGAGCAGACAUUACAGAAGAUCAUUGAAUUGGAAAAUCGGCUAAAGUCUUUUGAGAAAAAGUCAAGAAAAUUAAAAGAAGGAAAUAAAAAAUUAAUGAAAGAAAAUGAUUUCUUGAAAUCUCACUUAAAACAACAUCAAGAAGAUGCAGAAAGUAGAGAAAAAGAGCUAGAAUUGCUACUAAAAGGGAGUAAAGAUGUAGAAAGAGACAAAACUGAACUUCAAGUAAAAAUCAAUGAGCUGGAGAGAGAAGUCACUUCCCUAAAGAGACAAGUGGCAGAAGCUAACAUGUUGAGAAAUGAAGAGCUGGUGAAUCCAGUGGAGAAAUCUCACAGUUCAACAGACAGAGCUAAAUCUGAAAUGACCACUAUGGAACUGAGAUCUGGACAGUGUGAUUGUAAGACAACCACUACCAAGGUUAAAUUUAAAGCAGCAAAGAAAAAGUGCUCUGUGGGUCGUCAACAUACUGUUCUCAAUCACUCCAUCAAGGUUAUGAGCAAUAUGUUUGAGAACCUCAGCAAGGACGGCUGGGAGGAUAUGAGUGAAAGCAGCAGCGAUUCAGAAACACAGACCUCUCAAAAUUUGGGAACAAUUAUUGUGGAAACAUCACAGAAAAUAGGCCCUGCAGGAAAUGGAAGAGACCAGAAAGAAGGUGAUCAAACAGAAGACAUUCAAACUCAAGGAAAUGAAGUAGUACAAACAUAUUCAAAUGUAGAUGAUAAGCCCUCAAAGGUAGAUGAUAAGCCCUCAAAGGAUUUUUUACAUUACAAGAAAACCAAGAAAUCAACUUUUCAAAAGAAAAAUGGUAGUAUGCAAAGGAGUUCACAUACAAUUGUUCCUACCAGAGUUAACAGAGAUAAGUCUAAAAAUAUUACUGCCCAGAAAUCAAGUAGCAGUUUAAUCUUUUUACGAGAACGGAUUAUAUCCUUGCAACAACAAAACAAUGUACUUCAGAAUGCCAAAAAAGCAGCAGAAUUGUCUGUGAAAGAAUACAAAGAAGUCAAUGAAAAGCUCCUCCAUCAACAGCAACUAUCUGAUCAACGAUUUCAAACAAGCAGACAGACAAUAAAGAAACUAAAUGUGGAUUUGUGUGGGCUUCGAAAAGAAAAAGAAGAUUUAUUGAAGAAAUUGGAAUCCUCGUCUGAAGUCACAAGUUUGGGAGAAGUUUCCCGAGUAGCCGCUCCACAGAUACAUGUUACAUCACUGGCUUCUUCAAAAAGCAUGGAUUUGGAACUGAAGCAAUUGCAAUGUAAAUUAAAGAAUGCAACUAAUGAACUCACUAAACAGUCAUCAAAUACGAAGUCUCUGAAAUUUGAACUCCUAGCAAAAGAAGAACACAUAAAGGAAAUGCAUGAAAAGAUGUCUCGCAUGGAGAGAGAUAUAACUAUGAAAAGACAUUUGAUAGAGGAUUUGAAAUUUCGACAGAAAGUGAAUUCAGAAAACCAUGAGAGUUAUAGUGAAAUAUUAGAAAAUCUUGAAAAAAAGGUAAAGACAUUAACUGAAGAAUGUUCCAAUAAGAAGAUAUCAAUUGAUUCACUAAAGCAAAGACUUAAUGUUGCAGUCAAAGAGAAGUCACAGUAUGAACAGAUGUAUCAGAAAACUAAAGAGGAGUUAGAAAAAAAGGAUUUCAAGCUUACUCUCCUAGCAUCAAAAAUAAACGAGACUGAAUCUGCAAUGGCAGAAAUUGAGACAGCAGCAUCUAAACAGCUGCAGGGAUUAGCACUGCAAAGUGAGCAGGCCCUAGAAGGUGCACAGAAGAAAUUGCUGCUAGCCAAUGAGAAAGUGAAAGAGUUUACCAUAUUUGUGAAGGCUUUGGUCAAAGAGUUACAAAAUGAUGUCCAUGCAAUAAGACGACAAAUCAGAGAGACUGAAAAAAUGCAGAGAAACAGAAAUACUUCUAAAACCUCAACCCAUAAAGCUCAGACACUGGCAGCUUCGAUCCUGAAUAUUUCACGUUCAGACCUAGAGGAAAUAUUGGACACAGAAGAUGAAAUGGAAAUUGAAAAGACAAAGGUAGAUGCUGAAAAUGAGAAGGAAUGGCUGUUGUACAUUCAGAAACUUCUUGAAGGACAGCUUCCUUUUGCCUCAUAUUUAUUAGAAGCAGUACUGGAGAAAAUAAAUGAACACAGGAAACUAGUUGAAGGCUGUUUCACAAUUGUGAAAGAUAUUUGAUGGUAUUAUAAUGAUCAGCUUUUUUUUCAAAUAUGAAAACUUUAUGUGGUGUGAUUGAAAACAUGGGUUGCAAUUUGGAUACAGUAACUGUUGCAGCUAUCAAUAUUCAGGUUCAAUACUAAAAUAAGAAGUCUCUGACUAAUUAAUUGCUGAACAAGUUUUAAUUAAGUACAUAGCCAUUUAAAAGGAAAUAGUGUAGCAUUUGAUUGUUGAGUACAAAUAUUGCCACAAAUCAAGGCAAACUCAAAACUGAUUUUUCCUUCCAGUAUAUUAGUAAAAAAUAGAACAAGCUUGGCACACUCAACUAGAUCUGAAUAAAAGUAAAAAGAAUGAAAAACAAAUUAUUUAAAUGUUUUAAUUUUAUAUGAGAACUGGACUUUUUGCAAAAAACUGCUAUAAAUAGCCUUAAAUGAUCCAGUGAGCUACAUAUUUGUAUUGUAAACAAAUAUAAAAUGAUGCAUCAUAAUUUAUGGAUGAGCAUUUAGUGAAAUAAAUUGCAUGGUUCAGUUGUGUCUAUUCUCAUUGAUAUGCUAGCUUUUAUACAAGAUGCUGUAUUUUUUCUCGAGCUAUUUGACAACAAUAAAAAGUUUUCUCCUUUCACAUUUUAAAA